UCGCUCCGGUGCGCCGUGUUUUAAUUCCCCCAGAAAAGAAAAUAGACAUUUGGGGCGUUUUUGAGGCGCGAGUGGAGAGCUCGAGCCGAACGACCUCCUCUUGUCACUUCACUCGGUUUAUCAUCUUCACUGCAACCGUCAACACGGUCACGUGACGCAGAGUCAAAGAACAGAGCGACUUCCGGCGGGAAACUCUCAGUCACGUUGUCGCUGCUGCGCUGCAGCUCUUUGUGAUGUCUGACUUCAUGCCGUCCAAUGAGAGCCCGGCGGUCGCCGGCCGGCCGGCGGGGAAAGCGGCGUCGGCAAACUGGGGCGUCGCCACCGGGAUGGACCAGAUAACGGUGGUGAGGAUCGACGACACGCACAUCGCCGAGGAGCGCUCCCACGCCGGGGGGAGGGCGAAGGCGGCGUACUACGACAUGGACUACUCCAUGCCCGAGGAAGAGGAGGAGGAGGAGGAGGAGGACGGCGUCUACGUCAUCGAGUACUCUAAUCCCGAAGAGGAGGGAGAGAGCUACCAGUUCACGAUGUCCGUGGACCGGUCGCUCCCGGCGCUCAAACGCCCCGCGGCGCCCGAAAGCCCCGCGGCCGCCAAACCGCCCAGGAGGCCGAGGCAGAAGAGGAAGCGCGUGGCGGAGGAAGAGGACGACGAAGAGGAGGAGAAGCAGCCGCUCGUGAGCAACAUGUACAUCCUGGAGCCCGGCGGCGGCGACGCAGCGCCGCCGCCGGGCCGCCUGCUGUGCUCGCUGUGCCCGCCGCCGGGCCGCACCUUCAAGCGGGCGUCCGGCCUGGCGGUGCACCUGAAGCACCUCCACUUCCUGGAGGGCAACAAGAGCUUCUUCUGCACCAGCUGCCGGCAGCCGGUGCGCACGCAGGCGGAGCUCGACGCCCACACCAAGCGGCACGCCCACCGCGGCGCCGCCUUCACCUGCACGCUCUGCCCGGCGCCGGCGCCCAGCUACCGCGGCUCCCGGAUCGGCCUGAAGGGCCACCUGACCCGCGAGCACGCCGGCGUGGUGCCGCGCUGCCACGUGUGCGACAAAGACUUCGGCUCGCUGGCCUCGUACCUCGCCGACCAGUUCCGCCACGUCGGCGUGUCGCCGUUCUUCUGCGGCCGCUGUCGCAUCUACGAGAUGACGGAGCGGGGGCUGGACGUCCACGUCCGCAACCACGGCCGCAAGGAGAGGAGGAGGGAGGAGAAGGAGAGGAAGAAGAAAGAGGAGGAGGAGAAGAAGGAGGAGGAGAAGAGGGAGAGGAAGGAGGAGGAGAAGAGGGAGAGGAAGGAGGAGAAGAGGGAGGAGGAGGAGAAGAGGGAGGAGAAGCUUCCCCAGGAGUCGGGAGGAAGUUGCCCCCAGACGCUCGAAGGCGACGCCGAUAACUCGUCCACGGACGACUCCGACUUCUGACGCCGUUUUGGGUGUUUCGGGGUAAACGGCGACUUCCUGUCUCGUCGUGGAUCUUCUGGCGUUUCCGAUCUUUUGGUUUGAAGAUUUGCCGUCGGUGGGUUGUAACUAAUCGGUGAGGAUCAAAGACAGUGUGGGUCUUUGUGCUUCAUUUAAAGGGACAGUGUCCUCAUUACUCGAUGGACGUCCAGAACCCAGAUGGAACCGUCUGUGACGUUAAAGAUGAAACAUUUGGGGGUCCGGCUAAAAUUACUUUAUUUAAAAAAAGAAAAUGAGACCCAGGUUGCGUCAACGCCGUUCCUUUCUUCUUCGUUGGUGUUUGAGUCGACGCUGUUGAUUGAGUGGAGCUGCUUCUUCCGAAAGCUUUUAUUCUGAAACUCUUCGUGUCCUCUCUCCUUCUCCCAGGAACAAUGAACAGGUUUAUUUUAACAAUCUCCGUGUGAAUGUGAUUAUGUAUCACCAGCCUCUCGUUUAGUGUUUCUAUAUUGGAAGGAGAAAAAAAAGGACUCCAAAAUAGCCACGCCAGUAUCAUGAUCAUUAUUCAAUGAGUUUUAUUUUGAAACCUUUUUAAGACGACGUGAGUCUCGAUGAACUUCAGGUGGUUAAACGUCAGUUUAAUGAUUUUGUGUUCUGGUGUUUAUUCUUUUUAAAGCAACAUAACUCAGAGUUUGAUCUAUUUUUACUGCACAAAGUAGUGUGACGAUUUAAAACAUCAACGUUUAUGUGAUUUGUAGUAAAAUGGAUGGAAAAUAAAACUCAGUGAUCCAGGUA